CUGCUGCGCACAAACGGCCCGGGCCCGGCGGCGGCGGUGCAGACCCUAACUUAUUUUGGAUCAGGAUCUCCAUGGCACGUGAACUAGAAAGUAAUCUGCAAUAGAAGGUCUCUUUAUUUUGAAGCGACAGUCUUUAUCAAAAUGGUUGGAAAGCUGAAGCAGAACUUGCUGUUGGCAUGCCUGGUGAUCAGUUCAGUGACCGUGUUCUACUUGGGCCAACAUGCCAUGGAGUGCCACCACCGCAUAGAGGAGCGCAGCCAGCCGGCGCGGCUGGAGAGCCUGAGAAGCACAGUAAGAACUGCUUCUAAUGGAAACACAAAUAAAACUUUUGCUUACAACAAAGACAUGCCUUUAAUAUUUAUUGGAGGAGUACCUCGAAGUGGCACUACGUUGAUGCGUGCCAUGCUUGAUGCUCAUCCGGAUAUUCGAUGUGGAGAGGAGACGAGGGUAAUCCCACGAAUUCUGGCAGUGAAGCAGAUGUGGGCCAGAUCAAGCAAAGAGAAGAUCCGGCUGGAUGAAGCUGGAGUCACAGAUGAGGUCCUGGACUCAGCCAUGCAAGCGUUUUUAUUGGAAAUCAUCGUGAAGCAUGGGGAGCCUGCGCCUUAUUUGUGUAACAAAGACCCUUUUGCUCUAAAAUCCUUAACUUAUCUUGCUAGAAUUUUCCCCAAUGCCAAAUUUCUUCUAAUGGUACGGGAUGGUCGUGCAUCUGUACAUUCCAUGAUAUCUCGAAAAGUCACAAUAGCUGGGUUUGACCUCAACAGCUACAGAGACUGUUUGACCAAGUGGAAUCGUGCUAUAGAAACUAUGUAUAACCAGUGUAUGGAGGUUGGCUUUGAGAGAUGUAUGCUGGUACAUUACGAACAGCUUGUAUUGCAUCCUGAAAGAUGGAUGAGAACUCUCUUAAAGUUCCUUCGCAUCCCGUGGAACCAAGCAGUGCUGCACCACGAAGAAAUGAUUGGAAAAGCCGGGGGUGUUUCUCUUUCCAAAGUUGAAAGAUCUACUGACCAAGUCAUCAAGCCAGUCAAUGUGGAAGCACUGUCAAAGUGGGUUGGGAAGAUCCCUGCUGAUGUUCUGCAGGACAUGCCGGUGAUCGCACCCAUGCUAGCAAAGCUGGGCUAUGAUCCGUAUGCCAACCCACCAAACUAUGGGAAGCCAGAUCAAAAAGUUGUGGAAAAUACCAGAAGGGUUUUUAAAGGUGAAUUUCAGCUUCCUGACUUCCUUAAAGAAGCGCCACAGCCAAAGAAGACAGUAGAAAGGAGGUCCCGUGGCAAGAUAAAAUGAACAUGGAUCAGUGAAGUCGAAUAGCUAUAGUACUGAACCCAUGGAAUAGAAGAUGCAAUGGAUAUUUGUUGCACAGAAGAAGAACACUGCUGCCUUCUCAAUGGAAGUGAUGUUACAAGGACUGUCCCACUGAGAUCAAUGAGGUGUACUGCUCAUGGCCUGCUUUUCUCACAGUUCUCUCCCCAUUACUUUCAUACUCUUUUCUUUUUGUUCGGGGUUUUGUUGUUGUGAGCGCAUGCAAGCCUGUUUAAAAAAACAAAAAAACCAAAAACUAGAAAAGUCACUGUUAAAUGUAGAACUGUAUUACAUGUAAACAACUACUUCUGAGGUUUUCAGAAACACAGAACAAUGCCUGUGUCUGAAAUUGCUCUUCUGUCGUCUUAAUCCCAAGCCUCCAUCCUCAAGGGUCUUUUAUUUUUUUCUCCCUUCAGCAGUUUGGUUUUCAGUGUAUGAAAAUCUCAGAGGAGUGGUCUGUGCUCGUCCUAAACGGUUUUUGGUGGAACAGUUUUAUUUUAUCAACAUGUGGAAAUGGUUUAAAUACCUUUUAUUUAAAAAAAGAAAAGAAAA